AUGGCAGAUCCUUCAGUGGUGGAUCACCUGACACGACUGAAACUCAAACUCCUAGAAAAGAGACUAGAAAAUGAACAGGAGAACCUAGAGAAGAUGGAGAUGUCUCUCCCAGCAGCAAGGAACAGACAUCAGGACAUGCUCCAAAGUGCCCUGAGGCAAAGGAAAGAUCUGCUGCAGGAGCUUAGGGAGCAGCACCUUCUGGAAGAGCUUUCACAGCCACCUGCACCAGCUGGGGGACACUGCCAUGACCACAGAGCUGCCCUCCCACAAGUCUACCAGAUCCCUUUUCCAGCUUCCCAAGUGGAGCCACCAAGGAUUAUCCAGCAGGCAAUGCCAACUCAACCUGCCACCAUCAUCCAGCAGUUGCCCCAGCCAUCCCCUCUGGUCACACAGGUUCUGCCAGCCCAGCCCUCUGCAGCCCCCAGCCCUGGGAGCAUUAAAGAAGAUAUGGUGGAGAUGAUGCUGAUCCAGAAUGCUCAGAUGCACCAGAUCAUGAUGCAAAACAUGAUGCUGAAGGCUCUGCCACCAACGGUGCUCACACAGCUUGGGGGAGCCAGCUCUGCCCUGCCCCAGCACACGCAGCAGGACCUGCAGCUCGCUGCUCCCCUGGCCAUGAAAGGAGACAGGCCCAAGCCACCUGUGGUGCACCACCACCACCAUUACCCUCCCACAGAGGUGUUCCCAGUGACCCCCAGAGGUUUCCUGUCCACAUCCCCAGCACAGCACUGGACUGCAAGCUCUGCCCAGCCUAUGUGGCCCACAUACUGA